UUCCCCGCUCUACCCCUCACUCUCAAUUUCUCAAAACCAAAGCUUUUUCUUCUUCUUCUCUUACACCAAAACGUGCUUUCUAACCCUCAGGUUUGUCUCCGAUCUAGAAUCUCCCCUUACAAGCUUUAGCUUUCUCAUCUCACCAAAAAACCCUAGUUUUUAAUGGCUCUCGAUGAUCUCAUUUCUUGAUUUCAGUGAUCUUAUUAUAUUUCUUGAUUUAAACGAUUCAUUCUCCAAGAAGCUGAUUUUCUAACCAUGGAGCGGCUAACAUCUCCUCCUCGUCUCAUGAUAGUCUCGGAUCUUGAUGAUACAAUGGUUGAUCAUCAUAAUGAUCCUGAAAAUCUCUCUUUACUGAGGUUCAGUUCACUGUGGGAAGAAGCUUUUCGCCACGACUCUCUUCUUGUUUUCUCAACAGGAAGAACACUGCCCAUGUACAAGAAACUGAGGAAAGAGAGACCAAUGUUAACUCCUGAUGUUAUCAUUACCUCUGUAGGAACUGAGAUAGCUUAUGGCAAGUCCAUGGUUACUGAUGAUAGUUGGAUUGAAAUCAUGAACCAUAAAUGGGACCGAGGAAUCGUCGAAGAAGAAACCAGCAAGUUCUCUGAGUUAACUCUUCAGAGAGAUUGUGACCAGAGACCAAACAAGGUUAGCUUCUUCAUUGACAAGAGUAAGGCUCAAGAAGUGACCAAGGAGCUAUACCAACGGUUGGAGAAACGUGGAUUGGAGAUCAAAAUCAUUUUCAGUGGAGGAAAAGCUUUAGAUGUUUUACCAAAAGGUGGAGGAAAAGGACAAGCUCUUGCUUAUCUUCUUAACAAGCUCAAGGCUGAAGGGAGGCUUCCCGUUAAUACUCUUGUCUGUGGUGACUCUGGAAACGACACCGAGCUCUUUACCAUUCCUAAUGUUUAUGGUGUCAUGGUGAGAAACUCUCAAGCGGAGUUAUUAGAGUGGUAUGCAGAGAAUGCGAAAGACAAUGCAAAGAUAAUCCACGCGAGUGAGAGGUGUGUGGGUGGGAUUUUAGAAGCCAUUGGUCAUUUUAAGCUUGGUCCAAAUCUUUCUCCUAGAGAUGUUUCUGACUUAUUCGAGUGCAAGGAGGAUAAUGUGAACCCGGGUCAUGAGGUUGUCAUGUUUUUCUUGUUCUAUGAGAGAUGGAGAAGAGGUGAAGUUGAGAACUGUGAUGCAUACAUAGCAAGUCUCAAAGCUUCAUGUCAUCCUGCUGCUGUCUUUGUUCAUCCAUCUGGUACUGAAAAAUCUCUGAUAGACACCAUUGAUGAGCUUGGAAAGUAUCAUGGAGACAAAAAGGACAAGAAGUUUCGGGUUUGGACAGAUCAGGUUCUGGCAACAGAGACUACUCAUGGGACUUGGAUGGUAAAGCUUGAUAAGUGGGAACAAACUGGGAAUGAAAGGAAAUGCUGUACAACAACUGUUAGAUUCACCUCAAAGGAAAAUGAAGAACUUGUGUGGGAAAAUGUGCAGCAAACAUGGUCAGAGGAAUCAGAGAUGAAAAAUGACAGCAACUGGAUCAUCUAAAUGAUUAUCCUCCUUUUAGAUUUUUUUCAUAAAACAUUGCAAACACACACAAGAUCCUAUUAUUGCUUGAAUAAAACUUAAAUCGCAAAAGUCA